AAAGAUAUUUUCAAUCGAUUAAACUAAUGAUAACAUAUUUGCCAUUACAGUUAACGCUCAUUUUUGUCCCUUUAAACUCAGUGAAUCACCUACUUGAUGGUUGGUUUAUGAAUCUUAUUUAUGUUCAGAUACAAACCAAAAGUACCCUUAAAGCUGUUUAAGAACAAAAGAGGUGUGAUCAUUUAAACUAAGGAAUUCGAGAAGGAAAAUAAACACCUUAAUCACCAAGUCAUCUUGUAGGAAGAAGUUACAGAUUCAAUCGCAUUUGAAGUUCAGCAAGCAAACGUUUCACACAUCAUUCAGUUGUGGACAUGGAAGGUUUAAUCGGCGUCGUAGUCUUGGCAUUCUUAGUGUCUUCUGUUGCUGGCCACUCACUGCCACAACUGUUAACUGGAUGUCCAAAUGGCUGGAUAGCGUACGAGGGGUCGUGCUACCUAUUUAACAACAAGGAUAUGAUGUCGUUCGUGAUGGCUGAGGCAUUUUGCAGUCAGAAAGGCGGACAUGUUGUUCAUGUUGAUGACGAAGAGGAGAAUAACUUCAUCAAGGAUGCGGCCAGAAUGUACCCAUCAAAUUCAUUAAAGCUUUGGUGGAUCGGAAUGCAAGACAUGGUUGACGGAGUAUGGAGGUACACGUCCGAUAACUCGCUCGUCACAUUCUUUGACUGGGACUCAACCCAACCAAAUGGAGGUUCAAGUGCUGAUUGUGCUGUAUUGUACGCGGACAGAAACUACAGUUGGGCAGACCAUGUUUGUGUUAUUGUAGGCGACUACACCGCAUAUGCCAUUUGUGAGGCUAAGUACAUGAAGAGCUACUGGCUGCAGUAAAACAGGACGUUAAACUCAUGUCCGAAUAAGUGUUUUACAGAUGGCUGUUUAUAUUCUUAAUCAUUUAUAGUUAAUUACAAAAAAGUGCAUUAAUACUGAAACAUUUACACUGAAAGUUUUAUGUAGAAAUUACAAUUACAUGUAUGAUUGUGUCAUGAAAGUAACUUAAAGAUGUUGUAAAUACAAUGUAAAUUCUUGUAAUUAAUAAAAUAGAUAGAAUAUCAAU